CGAGAGCCAAUGGAUCAGUUCCACUUUUUUGAUAGGGCAAGGCACGGCUCAACUUUUUGAAAAGCAGCGGCGACAUCACGUUUUGUUCUCCUUUCGAGCAGGUGAAUUAUGGUAGUGGGUUUUCAGAUUCUGAGACUUCGUGAGUACUUAGCCAUGUAGAAAGAUGACAUCCAUGAUGACGACCUUUUUUCACUUAUUCGUGUACUAAUGCUACUAGAAGUCGUAGUCAACACGCGGAUGCUGAAAGACCACUUUUUCGUGUGUUUUUUUCUGUGAGCACUUUUGCCUUGACGCAGCGACAAAAUGGUAGAAAGCGACAUCAUCCUGGAUCCGUUGAUUCGGGAUAAUGCCCUGAUCGCGAUUUUUUUGGUAUUUCUCUUCUCGAACCUGAUUCGACAAAACCUGCUGGUGCUGACAAAAGACGAGCCGAAGGUUGACAUGAAAGUCUUGAAGCAGAACAACGUGCUUGGGAGGUGUCGACUAUUGAAGUCCGGCGGCGGGAAAUUUCUCACAGAAGACGCUUUCCGAAACAGGUGAGUCACUUCCACUAUGUUGAACAGCCGAGUCUGCAUGAAAUUUUACAAAAGGCAUUUGGAUCGAGAGCUGUUCAGGUGUGCAACAAAAAUUUUGAGUAUCACAAAAAAACAGGCGAGCGUUUUACACGAAGAAAGAUACGGGAUUACUGGUAAAGGCCGCACCCGCCAAAAAGGACCCACUGCAGGCAAUGGAGCAGCAGGACCCCGCACAAAUGGUUGGCAUGCUCAAGAGUCAAAUGAUUUUUCUCAUCUCGCAGGGGGCUAUCGGCUACUGGGUCAAUUUUCUCUUCACGGGGUUUCUUGUCGGAAAAACGCCUUUCCCACUGACGUUCCGGUUCAAAAGUAUGCUGCAGCGUGGGGUGGACGUGGAAAAUUUGGAACCAGGGUAAGUCUCUUUUUUUCUUUUUGCUGCAUCUGACGUGACUCGAGCUCGGCACUGAACUUGUGCAUAAAUCAAUUAUGCGCCAGAAACAUCAAGGAAAAAAGAAAAACAAAAAGCAAUGACGUUCACAGGUAUAUUUCCGGUCUGUGUUGGUAUUUCAUCAUCAUGAUGUCAAUCGGCGGAAUCCAGAUGUUCCUGAUGAGUUUGUUCGAGGAAGAAGGCAAGGUACAGGACAGCGGCGGCAUCGACGAUCCCAUGCAGAUGAUGAUGGGGAUGCCCCAACAGCAGAUGAUGAACCCCAUGAUGGGUGUAUCCUAAUGAAAAACGUCCCCACCCCAGAGUCAAGAUGGGGAUUUUGCAACACAAACCUUGAAGUUUUGGGAGCCACGCAUGACAAAUUCCUAGCUGUAGUGUAGUGCAGUUUAGAAAGGGAAGUCGCAUUACAAAUCCAUCUGCUUAUCCUGUUUACAGCAUUACAAGUUCCAAAACACGAUCGGAAAUGCCUAUCAUGGGGAUGCGCAUUACAAAUGCUCUUGCGCUUGCAGAUCUGCAUGACAACUCUGGGGUGGGGAUGCUUUUACACAGGAUAGGGUGGGCCAGACACGGAGAAGCUGUACAAACAAGAGAAAGAGGUAUCCUGAGUAAAAACGUACCCACACCAGAGUCAAGAUGGAAAAUCUGCUAGACAAAUCGGCCAACUUUGCUUGUUUCGCAUGACAAAUUUGGACGCGUAGUGUAGUGCUGUUUGAGCUAGUUCAGCAGCAUUACAGAUCUAGUCUCUCAUGCUGAUUGGAGCAUGACAAAUUUCAAAACACCCUUAGAAAAUGCUUCUCAUGGGGCUCCGCAUGACAAACAUUUUAAGCAUGCAGAUUUGCAUGACAACUAUGGUGUGGGUACGUUUUUACUCAGGAUAAGAGGCGCUUGAUAUCUACUACUUCGAAACCGUCCUCGACGGGAUAGAAACGGAACUCUGGAAGAAAUGGAAAAACAGAAAACUCUGAUCGAGCUCAGCAUGAACAAAGUAGGAGAAAAGUCGAACAGUACAACAGAAAGAAAUCAAUGAAAGCAUCUUCAGCGACAACGUGAAAGCAUUAUAGAAUGCUGCGGGCUUCAUCUUCCUGCGCGCCCAGCCGGGAAAACUCUCGCGUGCUCCUGCGCGGA